CGAUAGGCACGAUAUGGUGGACAAGAGGUUCGUGCAAUGCGCCCAAUGCAGCCCUCAUUGUGGUGAACAAACCAAGAGAGGGGCUUCAAGAAAAGACUUUUUCUAAGGCUCCGCAAUGCCGCCUAUCACAGUCCCUUCAAUACUGCCCGGCGCUGCCAUCUUUCUGAGCCCUUACACUGCAGGGAAUACUCAUGGUGGUGUGUAAUCGACAGACGGGUGACUUGCUGACUUGGAAUCCGCCAAGGGCUUGCAUUCCUUCCAAUCGCUGUCAGGGAUGCAAUGCUGUCAGCUGUCUGCCAACUUGAAUUGCUGCUCAUUCACACAGUGACUGCUCUCAAGAAUGCUCAGUUAAGUACCAUUGAGGCCCUUUGUGCGCUGGUGGCCUCAGAUUGAUCUGUCUGGCAAUCAGUGGCAGCUUCUGAGCAGGGCCGGCAGAGCAACCCAGGAAAUUCGUGUCAAGCGCAGGGCAGCUCACCUAAUAAGCGGGACAAUCUCAAGACCUUCUAAGGCAGCAUCCCCCUCUCACGAUGCUUACAGUGGUGGCGUGUCCCCUAGCCCCCACCCCCCUACUCGAACGCUCUUUUGCAACUGCAUCCCAAGUGGGGACAAACGAGUGGCCCGCUCCACCUCGCCCCCAUCUGCACGCUAGCUCUCGCCACACAAGAUUCUCAUCAGUGCGCUUGCACAAUGGGGGGGCAGGAUUCACCACAUUCCCACGACGCCUCUCCUUAGCACUCGCGGCGGCAUUUCUCCGGGGGCCUUGCAGUAGCAGGAAGAAACGGGGGGCUUGCAUCAAAGCCAGCAAUGAGCCCCCCGGGGCGUUGUCUGGGGCAGCGUUUGACCUGGACUUGGCGGUGCUUUUAGCAGGCUUCUCCUUUGAGUCGUACAACACCCCCCCGCAGUCAGCGGUCCUGGUGUCCACUGAGGAUGCCGUGGGGUGCCGCACACUGUUCCUUUCGCCGCAAGGCAGGUCGCUGCUGCGCCAGCUGUACGAGGGCGAGCUUCGCGUCACGGCGGUCGGCGCGCGUGACUGCCCCGCGCUCGAUAUGUGGAACGCGAGCGAUCCGUAUGCGGUGCUCACUUUGGGCGACUGCCGCGCCAGGACCUCAACAAAGCCGGUUACCAUUAACCCAAACUGGAACCAAACCUUCACGUUGUACGUCAAGGCACCAGUCGCUGAUCAGGUUCUGCGCGCCAGCGUUUGGGACGCCAACCUAGUUGCGGCGGACCGGCGCAUGGGCGUGGCGGCGCUGCGUGUGGCGGAUGUUUUGGACGGCACGUUGCACAAGCUAGAACUUCCGCUGCAAGAGGACUACGGCCAAGGCCGACUGCUCUUAGAGGUGCGCUACACCCAGUUCUCCGCCCAAGUGGAAAGCUCCCCGUCCUGGUUACAACAAGUUGCAGGAUGGCUUGUAGGGCUGGCGCCUAGUCAAUCCCCAGCCGAGGACAAGGAACUAGAGACGUUACGCAAGAUGCUGGCGCGGAGAGAAGCGCAAGAGAAUAAAGCCACGCAAAACGGAAGCGCGGAAGUCACUGCGAUGGAAGGGAGGGGAACGGAAGUGAGAGCGACGGAACCGAACGGAACGGAAGUGAAGGCGACGGAAGCGAGCGCGGCCGAAGCUGGGGACUUGCUUGGUCAGGCAGUGCGCGCGUGGGAGGCGCUCCGGCCAGGGGGAGGGGGAGCGGAAAGGGAACGGAACGGAAAGGAGGCGGGUUCGAGCCAGCAAAGCGCAGCACGGGUGGAUGGGCCGAAGUCAGGAGCCGCGGUUGAAACGGGAGGAGAGGAGCAGCGAAACGAUGAGGAACAGAUGGAGCUGUUCAAGCAGGGCGAGAAUGCGGUUGGCCCGUGGGCUCUGCUAGCGAGCCUGGUCGGGAAGCAGGGCCAGCCCGGGCCGCCCCCGGUACCUCCCGACGCUGCUGACGUGGCUGAAAAGGUUGCUGACGUGGCACGGGCGAAAGAGGCGCGGAGGGAGGAGGAGCGGCAAGCGGAGGAAGAGCUCAGGGCGGCAGGUGCAAGCGAAGCCGAACUGGCGGAAGUGCGCGCGGUGUUCCGGCGCGCAGAGAGCGCAGUAGAGGCGUGGAGUUUGCUCGCGCAGCAGGCGGGUCAGCGAAGCGCAGUGCAGUCCGACUUCACCAAGCUAGCUUUCUUGGACCAUCCUGAGACUGACACGCAGGCGGCGAUCUGGCGAGCAAACGCGGGGCGGAGACUAGUCGUAGCUUUUCGGGGCACGGAACAGACCCAGUGGCGUGACUUGGCGACAGACUUGAUGCUGGUCAGCGCGGGGCUGAAUCCGGAGCGGGUCUCCGCAGGCGACCCCAACGAACCAGCCGUGCACGCCGGCUUCCUGCGUGCGUACGACAGCGUUCGCCGACGGAUCGUCGCGAUUCUGGAGGCGAUGACGAGGGACGACUUAGAAAGCCAAGCGCCGGAUGAGUCAACCGGUACGUGGACAAUUUACAUUACUGGGCACAGUUUGGGCGGAGCGCUGGCAACGUUGUUGGCACGCGACGUGGUGCGAUUGCCGUGGGCGCGCCAGCGGCAGGCUGAGGUUGUCAUGUACAACUUCGGCUCGCCACGUGUCGGCAAUCGCGCGUUUGCGGAGGAGUACAAUCGGACGGUGGGGACGAGCUGGCGGGUGUGCAACCAUCGGGACAUCAUACCCACGGUGCCCCGAUUGCUGGGCUACUGCCACGUGAAGCAGCCCAUCUACUUCCGGGGCGACCUGCGCGGGCGGCCGCUCGGUAACGACGCCCUGGAGGACGAUUACACGCUUGACGUCAUCGGGGAGACGUCAGCGGACGCACUACUCCCAGAACUGAUGCGCGGGGAGCAGGCGCUAAUUUCGCAGCUGGUGCGCACCGAGAUUGCGCUGCUGCAAAGCCUGCAGGACGGGAGCGGGAUCAUGCAGCACAUGGAGGACUUCUACUAUGUCAACCUGCUCAAGUGCGUUCAACAGAAUGUGCAACAGCCCCUAUGAAGUCCACCUCGGCAAGCCCCGACGAGUGCGGGCUUUUCGAAGUUUAAAAGUGCUGACCCACCCAAAACACUGCUUGCGUUUCCGAGGGAGAGGGGGAUGAUUUCUCCAGGUGGGGGAUCAUUCCCAGGACGGGUGCAUGGUCUCAAACGUUGCGAUCGCCCUUCGGACUUUGAACAAACGCAGAGAGCAAGCUUAUCGCCAGUGCUGGUAACGACAGACUGACUGAAAGUAACGCACACGACGUGCAAUUUGCGUCGUCCGUCAAGAAGUGCAUGCGUGAUCCAAGUACAUCGUUGUUUGAGAUUGGCUCCUAGGGGACCAAUGCGAUAGCCCUGCAAUGUGUUCAGCACUAGGAAGCAUUUGUCCGAGCAGCAACUCGUCAAAACUCAGCCAGAUGCUCCGAUAAAGCGGGUAUGCGACUCAAUUCGAGAUGGAGGUGGUAAGGCUGUGUAAAGCGUAACCGCCUCUUUGCAUCUCAUGAGUCGCCAGGCCAUAGUGACUUUUGAAACCGCGCACGUACGCACAAGGGCAUGGGCGUUUCUUACGAUUCAUUAUGGUCCAUGACACCGGUUGAAGCGCGAC